CGUCCCGCAAGGCCCCAACAUGGCGCAGGAGGUGUCCGAGUACCUGAGCCAGAACCCGCGAGUAGCCGCCUGGGUGGAGACGCUGCGCUGCGACGGCGAGACGGACAAACACUGGCGCCACCGCCGGGAGUUCCUGCUCCGCAAUGCCGGGGACCUGGUCCCCGCGACGCCCGAGGAGGCUGCGGACGCGGAGAGCGGGACACGCAGUCGGCAACUCCAGCAACUCGUCUCCUUCUCCAUGGCCUGGGCCAACCAUGUCUUCCUAGGGUGCCGGUACCCUCAAAAAGUUAUGGAUAAAAUUCUUAGUAUGGCUGAAGGCAUCAAAGUGACAGAUGCUCCAAUCCAUACCACACGAGACGAACUGGUUGCCAAGGUGAAGAAAAGAGGGAUAUCGAGUAGCAAUGAAGGGAUAGAAGAGCCAUCCAAAAAACGAGUCGUAGAAGGAAAAAACAAUUCUUCGGUUGAGCGAGAUCAUGGAAAGAAAUCUGCCAAAACAGAUCGUUCAUCAGCUCAGCAGGAAAACAGUUCAGCAUCCACAGGGUCGUCUACCAAAUCAGAGAGUAGUGGGGCCUCAGCUCGGAGCAGCUCUGGUGUCUCUAAUCAGAACAGCUCCACAAGUGAAGGAGAUAGAUCUGUUUGCAGCCAAAGCAGUAGCAGUUCCUCUCAGGUAACAACAGCAGGGGCUGCAAAAGCUUCUGACCCAGAAGCUCCAGAUAAACAUGGUUCAGCAUCAUUUGUUUCUUCGUUGUUGAAGUCUAGUAUGAAUAGUCACGUGACCCAGUCCACUGACUCCAGGCAGCAGAGUGGAUCCCCUAAAAAGAGUGCUUUGGAAGGUUUUUCCAUCUCAGCCUCUCAGAGCAGCUCAGAGAUUGAGGUGCCCUUGUUGGGUUCCUCUGGAAGUUCAGAAGUAGAGUUGCCGUUACUGUCCUCUAAGUCUAGUUCAGAGACGGCUUCAAGUGGGCUAACAUCCAAAACUAGCUCAGAGGCAAAUAUUUCACCCUCAGUUUCUAAGAACAGUUCCUCAUCAGGCACCUCUUCACUGGCUCCCAAGAGCAGUUCAACAAAUUCAUCACUGCUGACUUCCAAAAGCACUUCUCAGGUAGCUGCAUCACUGUUAGCUUCCAAAAGCAGCUCCCAGAGCAGUGGAUCCAUGGCUUCCAAGAGCACUUCCUUAGCCAGCGUGUCUCAGCUAGCUUCUAAGAGUAGUUCUCAGAGUAGCACUUCACAGCUGCCUUCUAAAAGUACCUCACAGUCCAGUGAGAGUACUGUCAAAUUCUGUCGGAAGCUGACCACGGAAGAUGUCAAGCAGAAGCAGCCUUUCUUCAACAGACUCUACAAAACGGUGGCGUGGAAGUUAGUGGCUGUUGGUGGCUUUAGCCCCACUGUCAAUCAUGGAGAGCUGCUAACUGCAGCUAUUGAAGCUCUGAAAGCAACCCUGGAUGUGUUUUUUGUCCCAUUAAAAGAACUGGCAGAUCUGCCUCAAAAUAAGAGCUCUCAAGAAAGUAUUGUUUGUGAAUUGAGGUGUAAGUCAGUGUAUUUGGGCACUGGCUGUGGAAAAAGCAAAGAAAAUGCAAAGGCGGUUGCUUCCAGAGAAGCACUGAAGUUAUUUCUCAAGAAGAAGGUGGUGGUAAAGAUAUGUAAAAGGAAGUACAGGGGCACUGAGGUGGAAGAUCUAGUGCUUCUUGAUGAAGAGUCGAGACCUGUAAACUUACCUCCAGCAUUGAAACAUCCUCAAGAGUUACUGUAAUUUCUCCGAGUUAUCACUGCAUCCAGUAUCUGGUGUUUGAGGAGAACUGGCUUUUAUAAUAAUACAAGACACUGGCUUUCACAGAUUUUGUAUGGCUUUUUUCCAGUUUUGCAGAAAAUUUAAAUUCUAGUUCACUGAAGUAGAAGUUGUAAAUAAUUUCUGAAUGACAGUACAUAUUAAAAGGCAUACAUUGACAGCA